UAUUCAAAUAGCAGAAGUUCAAAUCCAACACAUAGAAGCCAAAAACCCACAAUUUCAUAACCUUCAUGUAGAUAAUGAUAAAAAUAAAACUUCUUCCUGCUCUGUUUCUUCAUCAUUCACUUUCAUAUUUGUUUCCUGUCUUGCUCUCACAUCUUCCUCUUUCUUUAGAUCUUUAUUUCAUCUUUUUGUUUCCUGUCGUCUCAUUUCAUCCCUUUCACUCUCUGCUUCUCUCUUCUGCUCUCGUUUGCCAUCUUACCUUUUUCCUCUUUCCUGUUAAAUUUCCCUGCUUCCUAUUUGGCAACAGCAGGCGUGUUCGUGUUUGUGUGUGUGUGUGUGUGUGUGUGUGUGUGUGUGUGUAUAUAUAAUAGUAUAAUAGCUGCGUCAUGUGUGGUUCAGAUUCAGUGUGGAGAGAGCAGAGGAACAUUGGAGACUUGAUAAAAAACGCGGACUCGUCCUUUAACGUCAGCUGCUGCUGUCAGUCACCGAGCCUCGGCCCCGCCCCCUGCAGGUGUGUCAGAGUGUUACCUGUUACCUGGCUGUUACCUGGCUGCAUCAGUCGGUGUUCAGGUGUUUCGCUCUGACUGACCGCAGAGAUGUUGGAGGACGCGGUCGGCCUCGGCGCCGUGACCGUGCUGGGCGUCCUGGAGCAAGCGUAUUUCUCUCUCCAGGUGAUUUAUGCCAGGAGGAAGUACUCGGUGCCGCCGCCCUCAACAACAGGACCGCCGGAGUUUGAGAGAGUCUUUCGCGCCCAGUCAGUAGCAAACUGUUCUGAGUAUUUCCCCAUCUUCAUCACCAUCAUGUGGACAUGCGGAGUCUUCUUCAGCCAAGGUCUGUCGUCAGUCUGUGGUCUGCUGUAUUUAUACGGACGUUUCCGUUACUUUCAGGGAUAUUCAGCGUCUGCUCAGGGACGUCUGGCUCCGCUCUACUUCAGCGCGAAGGUUCUCUGGGUUUUGAUCGCUUUCUCGUCUCUCGGCGUCUUUCUGUCCUUCUGUCGAGUUUACCUGAACGUGGAUCUGCUGCAGCGGCUCGGCUCCGCCCUCGACCUCGCCUGACCCCGACCAGGAAGUCACGACCUCAGCAGAAGAGGAAACUGGAAACAAACCACAUCCACUUUAAUCUAUGAUAGAUAUUAUACGUUUCCAUGGCAAAAUAAUAAUAACAAACAACAAAACUGCAGCUGAACAGACAGUAAAGUUAAAGUAAAGCCUUUAUAAAGAGUUUAUAAGCAUUAAUAAAUCAGAAUAAGAGUCAUAUUCAACCAUAAUAAACACCUCUCUGGAAAAAUCAUUUAUUAACAGUUUAUUAACAUUUAUAACUGCAGACCUGACUGAUAUUAUUAUAAAUGAUGAUGAGUGAUGAAGAGUGUUUAGUUCUGAUGUUGGAGCAGCAGAGGUCGCUGUGCUUCAACUCUUCUCUCAGACUCUCAAACAUCAAACCACUAAAUAAAAGACAAAAGUAACUUCAAAACAUCUGUUUAUAACAUUAUAAGGUAGAAAAGUUGUUUCUUUAUCUGCAGUGAAAACGAGAAUAAAGUUGGAUUCAUUCAGUUUC